AUUGUAUUUUCCAAGAAUUUUAAUGUGUUGCACGUUCCUUUGAAGCUUAACGCUAUUGAGUUUUUACAUUGUUGAUUGCAGAGGAUUACAGUUUUAGAUCAGAAUUCGCGAGUUUGAUAAUGGUGUCGUGCGAAUUUUGUAACACUAAACCUGCAGUUGUGUACUGCAGGGCUGACUGGGCCAAGCUCUGUUUGUUGUGUGAUUACCAAGUUCACUCGGCUAAUGCUCUCUCCCUGAACCAUUUACGUUCGCAAAUUUGUGAUAAUUGUAGAGCUGAGCCGGUUUCUGUUUGUUGCUUCACUGAAAAUCUCAUGCUUUGUCAAGAUUGUGACUGGGACUCGCAUAGGAAUCACUCCGGGUCGUCUCUGCACGAGCGGUGUUCAGUUGAAGGGUUCUCUGGUUGUCCAUCAGUUACUGAGAUGGCUGCUAUAUUUGGUUUUGAAUUGAAGGCCAAGAGUUUAGAGAAUUUGGGUUCUGGGUUUGGUGCUUAUGAGCAAAAAACGUUCAAUUUGGAUGAUCUUUUGGUCCCGAAACAGAGUUGCUCUGUUUUUAUGAGGUCUGAAAAGUAUAAUCGAGAGGUUUGCGAGCAGUUAGUGGAGAUGUACCGGAGGGAUUUGGAGAGAUUGAAUGGUGAUGGAGCUGAACUAGAGCCGGGAACGCCACCGAAUGGAGGUGAUCAACAGGGGGGGAAUAUGGAAAGUCUUAAAAUGGAAACUAUGGAUGGGGAAGGAUUGCUACAUCAGCAAACAUUUACAUCUCUGUUAAGUUUGGCUCCGAAUGUGGAUUUGAGAGAGUAUUAUGGCUUUUUUGCUGAAAAUGAUCUUAUGUGGGAUUGUCAUCUCGCAUAUCAAGCAGCUCAGAAUCUCUCUAAUCAACCAUUGUCGUGCCACACAUCAACAGAAGAAAGUAAUAAUACACCAAUAAUAGGGCAAUCGAUAUCAUCAGAAUUAAGAGCAGUUGAAUCCGAAACAUGGGAUAGCACUGGACUUUCCCACGUCCUUCAUAACCCUUUUCUGGCCGGAAGUGAAGCUGUAACGGAGGCAAAAUCCAGGGUUGACAUGGACCUUUUAGCACAGAACAGAGGCAAUGCCAUGUUGCGCUAUAAGGAAAAGAAGAAAUAUCGAAGAUAUGAUAAUCACAUCCGUUAUGAGUCAAGGAAGGCGAGGGCAGAUACUAGAAAGCGAGUGAAAGGUCGGUUCGCCAAGUCAGGCGAAACUCCUGCUAUUAAAAUGUGAUAAUUGGGAGUUUCUGAUUGUUGCCGACCUUAUUUUAGUUCAUUGUCUCUAGACUCUCAACUCUUCCCAAAAGUUUAAAUAAAAAAAAA